GUCCUUUUAAAUAUACUUCUAGCAAGCAAAAAUGGUUAUUGGUCCUCCAAAAGGUCACACUCGUUAUCGUAAUCCUCAUACUUAUCAAAUGAGUCCUGCUUUGAUCAGGGUUAGAGAACCAUAUUUCUGGAAAAAUAUGGUAGGUUUGGUUGUUGUUGGGUCUAUUCCUAUUGCAAUCUACUGCUAUACUUGGAAUUUUUUGAGUAAAGAUGAAUUUAGUGACAUUCCUAUUCCUCCUAUUGCUGAUGACGAAUUAGCUAAAUUAAAGAAGGAGUACGAAGCAAAUAAAAAGAAUAACUCGUAAGAGUGUAUCCCAUAAUUAAGCGGCUUUUCACUUCCAACUUUCACAUACUUUGGUUCCUU